AUGGCAACCACAUUGUCACCUACUCGAUCUCCUACUCGAGAAUUCAAUCAUCGCCGUCGCCUAUCCAUUGACGCAGAAGAUGAACUCUUCAAAUCACUGAAAGGAUUGCACGAACAAAACAAUAGCGGUCGCGCCAACCGAAGAUCAGUUGAUGUGACUCGAGCUGCUUCUCCAGGAAACCACAGUGGUCGAAUGAAUAGAAGGUCAGUUGACGGAGCUGCCUCUCCUGGGAAUCACAACGGCCGCAUGAAACGUAGAUCCGUUGAUGUAACGAGAGCGGCUUCUCCUGGAAACCACAGCGGUCGAAUGAACAGAAGGUCAGUUGACGGAGCUGCAUCUCCAGGAGCCUUGCGUCGGCAACGAAGAGCCUCACUUACGAACGGGAGAAAUGGUACAAAAAAUAGCAACAUAUCGCCAAGGAGGAACAAUAGCGGUCGCAGAAACGCGAGAAGCAAUACUCCUCCUGCUCCUCCUGGAGACGCGUCUGAUAGUGCUCUAAACACUCAGCCACUGAGUCUGAAUAGGCAAACCUCUGGUGGGUCUUUGCGAACAGCAGCAAGACAUCGACGAGCAAGUAUAGGAGUUGAAGAGGUUCCAAGGAGGAACAAUAGCAAUCGCUCUGCUCGGCGUUCGGCUGCUCAAGCGGAAAAGGGAAGAACCAAGCAGCGCUCUGCCAGUCCCAAACCAGCCGCGACUGGUGCUCCAGUAGUGCGACGAUCUUUCAAUCGUAGCCGAACAAGCAGCAGCGAUUCAAUCCCAUCCAGCCCCAAGAGCGGCGGCAGAAAUGUAUACCCAACAGCUGCUCCGUCUCCUUGUCGAAGCCCAGGAGGACGUCAGGAAAAGACUGAAAUGGCAAUGCGAGCCAACUUGCUCAAGAAAACAAUCAAGGCUCCCAAUUUCGACAGCAGCGCUGCUUCAUGGGAUCCUUUUGAUGAUGACCAUGAUGACGAUUCAUUCUUUGAAAAGCCAAACAGUGAUCGAACUGCCGACACUACCAAGCCCACCAGCGAACGCACGGCGCAGUCGUCGGAGCGACUGGAAAGCUCGGAUCUGAACAGUUUGCUUCAGAAAUUGCGAGAUCCAGUCGAGAUGGACAAAUGGAAGGCCCAAAAGGAACAGUUGUCUGCCAGACCAGUAUCAGGUUUGGAGCAUGAAAAGGUAUCCGAAAAGGUUAGCAGUCGCAAUCUGAAAUCCUUUCUCGGUCUAUCGAAACGAGGAUAUGGCGCACAAGCCAAUUUGGAUGGCCUUUCAGUGGUUUAA